GAGAUUCUCUGGAGCAGAAAGGGGUCAAUUAUUUCUCUCACAGCAUGCAUCGACCAAUAGAAAGGGUAACGAAAGUAUAUUACACAGUGCUUGCUGCAAUUGGUGUUCCAGUUAAUCUGGGUGCCAUCGUGAUCCUUUCCCGAGGAAACUGCGGUCUCUCGACUUGCACGACUUGUUACCUGUUGGCUAUGACAGCGGCGGAUCUAAUGGUCAUCAUCACUGACAUCAUAUUGAGACACUUCGGUUAUUUUUAUUAUCCAUUAUCCUUCCUGGACAUCACUCCUGUGUGCAGCAUGACAUACUUCCUGGCUCGUGAAGCAGUAGACUGUUCCGUCUGGUUCACCGUCACCUUUACCAUUAAUCGAUUUAUGGCCAUUUGUUGCCAGAAACUGAAGACCAAGUAUUGCACGAAGUCCACUGCAGUUGUGGUUCUCUCAAUAACCUGCAGUCUUCUCUUUUUGAAGAAUAUUCCCUUCUACUUUGUGUAUGAACCUCGUUGGAUUGUUGAAAAUGUGCCAUGGAAAUGUGCCACAAAAGCAAACUUUUAUGUUGAUCCUGGAUGGUUGGUCUUUAACUGGCUCGAUUCAAUUUUAACACCAUUUCUCCCAUUUGUUCUCAUUCUAUUCCUUAACACUCUUACAGUGAGACAUAUUUUAUUUGCAAGUCGGGCUCGCAAGGAACUGAAGGGGCAGAGCAAGAGCGGGUGCCUCAGAGACCCAGAGUUGGAGAGCAGAAGGAGAUCUGUGGUUUUACUCUUCACCAUAUCUGGCAGCUUCAUACUGCUGUGGCUGACCAAUGUUAUCGAUUUCACUAUUGUCAUGUUCACAGAUUUGGGUUCGGGUGAUUUUUGGUAUGUAUUUUCAGAAGUCGGCUGGAAGCUGCGGAACUUAAAUUGCUGCACAAAUACAGUUAUAUAUGGGGUGACUCAGUCACAGUUCAGAAAACAGGUCAAAAGUGCAGUGAAGUAUCCUCUCACAGCAAUUAUUCGAUUAAUCAAUAAAGACAAGACAUUGUAAAUAGCUAGCUAC